AUGGGUACUCUGAUCGACAGAUUUGAAGGACAUGAUGGUCCAGUCAGAUCCGUCGAUUUCCAUCCUACCCAACCGAUUUUUGUAUCUGGUGGUGAUGACUAUACGAUCAAGGUUUGGUCUCUUCAGUCCAGAAAGUGUAUGUUCACUCUGAGCGGCCAUCUGGAUUACGUGAGAACUGUCUUCUUUCACCACGAUUUGCCUUGGAUCAUCUCCUGUUCGGAUGAUCAGACCAUUCGUAUCUGGAAUUGGCAGAACCGUCAAGAAAUUGCAUGCCUUACUGGUCACAACCAUUAUGUCAUGUGUGCGCAAUUCCACCCAACUGACGAUCUGAUUGUUUCUGCAUCUUUGGAUCAAACAGUCAGAGUUUGGGACAUUUCGGGAUUGAGAAAGAAGCACUCUGCACCCUCUGGCCAGGUGAGAUCUUUCGAAGAUCAGUACAACAGACAAUUGCAAGGAGGCGUUCCCCAGCAAGAUAUUUUUGGCAACACCGAUGCUGUGGUUAAAUACGUUUUGGAGGGCCACGAUAAGGGUGUUAACUGGGCCACUUUCCACCCUCGCCUGCCCCUCAUUGUUUCAGGUGGCGAUGACAGGCUAGUCAAAAUAUGGAGAAUGAGUGAGACCAAAGCAUGGGAGGUUGAUACAUGCAGAGGUCACACCCACAACGUUCCAUGCGUCCUGUUUCACCCCACGGAGGAUUUGAUCCUCUCCAUCGGCGAGGACAGAACCAUCAGAGCUUGGGAUUUGAACAAGCGUACUCCUGUGAAGCAGUUCAAGCGCGAGAAUGAUCGCUUUUGGCUGAUCGCUUCCCACCCAGAGAUCAACCUGUUUGCUACAUGUCACGACUCAGGAGUUAUGGUUUUCAAGCUUGACAGAGAGAGACCAGCCCACACACUGUUCCAAAACAAGAUUCUCUUCAUCAACGGUGAAAAGCAGGUACAAGAAUAUGAAUUGGGAAACAAAGGUCCUAGUUUGCCAAUGCUCUCCUUGAAAAAAGUUGGUAAGAUGUACUCCAAGAUCAGAACGCUUUCCUAUAACCCAGCAGAGCAUUCUAUCCUGAUCACUACUGGUGAAAACGAUAGUUCCACAUACGCCUACAUUCCGUUGCCAAAGGAUGUCACUGGUGCUAUUGAACCAACUGAUAUCCGUCAAGGUGAGGCGAAUGCCGCAUGUUUCGUUGCUCGUAACAGGUUUGUCACAUUUUCAAAAACCACGAAAACAUUGGAGGUUAAGGACCUGUCCAACUCGAGUACAAAGAGUACCGUUUUGGACGCCUCUGUCAAAGACGUUGUCUAUGCCGGCCCAGGGUCUGUAUUACUUCUCAAGACCAACUCCGUCAUCCACUACGAUGUCUUACAGAAGAAGGAGUUGUCGGAGAUCCAAUUGAACAAUGUGAAAUAUGCCCAAUGGUCUGUUGAUGGACAAUAUGUUGCGUUGAUAUCCAAACACACGAUCACAAUUGCCACUAAGAAACUCGAGACCGUCACAUCUCUGCACGAAACAAUUAGAAUAAAGAGUGCUGCCUGGGAUGAUACUGGAGUCCUGAUCUACUCCACUUUGAACCAUAUCAAGUACAUCUUGCUCAACGGUGACAGUGGAACUAUCAAGACACUUGAGAACACUCUUUACGUUGUUAGAGUGAUCAACAAGAACUGUUUCUGCCUGAACAGAAAGGGUGAGAUCGAAAUCAUCAGCAUCGAUCCAACAGAAUAUCGUUUCAAGAAGGCUCUGAUAAACAAAAACUUCACUGAGGUGCUGCGUAUAAUCAAGAACUCCAAUCUUGUUGGCCAAAAUAUUAUUGGAUACUUGCAAAAGGCUGGUUACCCAGAGAUCGCUCUGCAAUUCGUUGAAGAUGCUGAGACCAGAUUCGACCUUGCAAUCGAGUGUGACAAUCUGACUAUUGCUCUCGAGGAGGCCAAAAAACUCAAUGAUAAGCAGAUAUGGGAGAAGUUGGGAAAUAAGGCUCUUGCCCAAGGAAACGUCUCCAUUGUGGAGCUGGUUUUCCAGCAGUUGACGCAACUUGACAAGCUGUCGUUCUUCUACUUGAUCACCGGUGAAAAUGCCAAGUUGGGCAAGAUGGAGCAAAUUGCUGAAAGCAGAGGAGACAUGUUAUCACUGCUGCAGAAUUCUAUUUUCUUGAACUCUAUCGAGAAGAGAAUCUCUGUCUUCCUGCAGGCUGGCCUCGCUCCAUUGGCUUAUGCCACUGCCAAGACUAAUGGAUUGGAUGAAGUUGCUCAAAGUAUUUUGGAAGAGUCAGGCUUGUCUGAGUCAGAUAUUCAGAUACCAAGCACUGGAUCUAGAGCCUCAGUGUCGCAACCAAAGCAAAGCAGUUCGGCAAGCUGGCCUUUGAAGGCACUGCCACCAUCUUUCUUUGAGCAGGCCCUUUCAGGAAAGCUUGAAGGGUUGAACUUGGAACCAGAACCUCAACCUAAGGAUAUCGCCGAAAGUGACCUGACUAAUGAUGGCUUCUUUGAAGAUGAACCUCUCGACGAUGACGAAGGCUGGGACUUGGAUGAAGACGUUGACGUCGGAAGCGAAGUUGAAGAGGCUACUGAACUUGAUGAUGAUACUCCAGCCAUUGGUGCAGGUGAACUGGGAAUCUGGGUGCGUAACUCGAAGUGUGCUGCGGGAUACGUCGCAGCUGGUUCAUUUGAUGCUGCCGCUCGGAUGCUGAACAAACAGCUGGGUAUUGUUGACUUUGAGCCUUUGCGUAAGCGUUUCAUGGAGGUGUAUGCUGCUUCCAAGAUCUUUGUCCCUGGUGCAAGCGGCCUCGAAGCGAUCAAGGGCUAUAUUCGUUCGGAUCCAGAUGAAGAAGUUCCAGGCAAGGUCGCUCCGUAUAUCCCUGGAUUUGACACACUGGAAGCCACUCUGCACGAAGCGUUCAAACAAUUCCGUGCCAACAAGCUGGAGGAAUCCAUCGAGACUUUCAGGUAUCUUGUAUACACUAUCGUUGUUCUGACGGUGAAUACCAAGGACGACGAAGAUAAGUGCAAAGAAAUAUUGGAUGUCUGUCGUGAAUACAUUCUCGGUUUGUCGAUCGAACUUUCCCGUCGUUCCCUUCCCGCCGAAAAUGUCAAGCGCAAUCUCGAACUGGCAGCUUACUUUGCCAAGUGUAAAUUGCAGCCUGUACACAGAGUCAAUGCGUUACAGGUGGCAAUGACCCAGUCCUUCAAGCAUAAAAACUACACAUCUGCGUCAUACUUUGCUUCUGAGUUUUUGAAGAUUGUGUCUACUGGAGCCAGGGCCGAACAGGCUAAGAAGAUCAAGGAUAAGUCGGACACGAUAUCCACAGAUGCGAUCGAAAUAGAAUUCGACCCAUACGCACAGUUCGACAUUUGCCAUGCGACAUACUCUCCCAUCUACCAGGGUUCUCCAAUUGUCACGGAGGCUCUCACUGGUGCCAAAUACCGCACUAGCGAAAAGGGUAAGGUAUGUUCUAUUACCAAGAUCACACUGAUUGGAGCCCCAGCGUCCGGAUUAAGGAUUUUGGCAUAG